GAAUUCAAAAUGGCGGACGAAGAGAGAAGAAAGGGCGAAAAGAAAGGAACAAAAUCCAAGGGGAAGCCAAAAUUCCGCUGGAAGAAGCCGGCAAAUUUACUUAACAUUGGGAACAAAGAGAAGGGCCACGCAUUUGCUGAGAAACGGAAGAAGAUGGCUCUUAAGCAAUACAAAAAGCUACUAAGGAAAACAAGGGAGCAACAUGAGAAUCGUCAGUCAGCAGACAACAGAGAUAAUCCUCCACGUUUGCAACGUCCAACACGUGUCGCAGAUGUGAAUACAACUGGAAAGAACGAAACAGAAAGUCAGGGAGUGCGAAGACCAAAAUCUCAACAGAAGCGGAAACAAGUCAACAAAUUCAUGGCAGCUGAAAGUGAUUUUAAGAAAAGAAAAAUGGAGAAGGAACAGAUGAUUAAGGAAAGGGAAACAAUGAUACAAAAACACAGAGAGGAGGUUCAGGAAAAGAUGAAAAAGCGCAGAGAAACCUUUGGUCGGUUGAAUCGACGAACAAGGAAAGGCCAGCCAAUUAUGGCCAACCAAAUUGAACAUCUUCUUGAUAAGAUUCAAUCUCAGACUUAAAAAGUAGCAAUGCAAUAACUCAUAUGGGGAAAAUCACAGAUGAAUGCUGCUCUAGAGAAGUAUUGAUAACCAGAUUGAAGGAAAUAUAUUGAACCAAUGGUAUUGAGAUUGGCAACUGUUUGGACAUUAACUGUACAGAGCUGAUCCUUAGCAGCAAAUGUGGUUUAUGGAUAAAUAUGUUUUGAAGCUAUAUUCUCUCUGGCAAAUGGGUGUUAUGCCUUUGAUUGUACUUUGUGAGCUGUUACAAGAAGGUUUACAUGUGCUUCAUGGAUCUUUCAUGUGAAGUAAAAAAAUUGGAAAAUUUAUCAGUUCUCUCACAUUUAAAAGUGAUACUGUUGUCUUACAAUAGUAGUGGUCUGGUUCAAAGCUAUCAGUCAGAAAGUCCCUCAGCCUAGAACUUGCCAACAAUAGUAACACAAUUAUUAUCCUGCUCAGGAUUAUUGACAGAUAUUCGUGUUUCAGUGUUCACUCAUUCAAAAAUCUUGUAUUUUACAUGGUAUUUUAAGGCUUGUGAGCCACUCAUAAAGUGCAGCAUAAAAGCUGCUUGUGAUAUGUGGAAAAAAUACAAGAAAUCGCUCAAUGGGAUGGCGUCAAGCCUUAACCUUACAGAAGUGAUUAACAUCUUACUUUGUUUAAAUAUUGAUACAUUAUCCAGCUAGCUGGAUGUGUGAAUGAUAACUUCAAAUUCUCAGAACUGAUUUGUAAGCACAGUAAUUUGGCAUUAUCAACUGAGUCAGUUGGUAGCCAACUCAGUGGAUAGUACCAAAUUACCUUGUUAUAAUCUCCUGUAUAACACCACUGUUUCUUUAAAAUCUUACCUCCUUUAUUGAUUUGUAAUUAAGUCUGGCAAUUGUAAGGGCGAAUUACAAAACAGAUCCUGGGAGGUUAAAGGUCAAAUUGA